AUGAAACACCUUCAUCCUCGAAUUUGCUUGAGCCCAUUCACCUCAUCCGACGAAUCGUCACAUGUGGCAGAGGGUCUCUUACCAAACAUGCAUCACUACAUCCAAUAUCAUCUCUCCAAGUUAUCCUUUCUCUCAUUGGCAUGCAUUUGUUUAUUGGUUCUUUUUCAAAUCAUGUGCAUACUGAGUGCCAUCUUUGUACUCACCCAUCGAAGCAGGUUCUUUGUGGGGAACAAGUCAACCACUACUGAACAACCUAUUAGAGAUGUCAACAACAACAACAACAACAUUCAAAGACAAUUGCAUUCCCUUGAAACAUCUUCUUCUUCCAUUCCUCAACAAGAAUAUCAACGUCCUCCAUUGCCACUCCAUCAACAAAUUCCUCAGCACGAUCGACACGAUCAUCAUCCAAAUGAACGUUGGAAUGAACUUUCACAAGAGUUUCAUUUCAACACGAUGGAAACUCCAAAACCCUUGAUCGAUGUGCAAAUUGAGGAAUGUGUGAGGAUGGAACAAGCUCAACAAUUGUACAUGGCCAUGAAUUGUUCAGAACCACCAGCUUUGGGAGAACGAUUUUUGGAGAUGGAAACAGCCUGGCACAAGUUUUCUCCAUCUCUGGUCAAUAUAUUCUCCCCCUAUAAGAAUCACAACAGAUUGUUGCAGAUCAAGACGUCUCUCUCUAGCAUGAAACAUGCAGAGAAGAAGAAGGAUCAAAUGUCUAGUUGGUCCACUGAAUCCUUCACAUCAUCAUCAUCCUCUCCUUCGCAUUCUCAAGUCAUGAACACACCUGUCCUGAAAGAAUCAUCUUCUCAAAACACUGAACAACUUCUCUCUGGAACAACCCAAACACUGAAAGAAACGGAAUUUAGGUCGUACUUUGAUCAACAUCGAGACACAUUCAGGUUCAUGAGUUAUCAGUCACCUCUUAGUGAGGAUCUUGAUGAUUGGAAGAAUGCCAUGAAUGAACUCAAUUUUGUGAUGAAUGCUGAUCAAUUCGACAAUGUGAAAAUGCAACAUGAACAUCAUUUACCGAUUUGGCUUCGAGUGUUUCAAAGAACGAAACCGCUCGAUGAGGUCCUUCAAGCAGUGUGCCAAAUUCAUAACAUUAACGAAUCGAUUCUCAUUGUCACCAUUGACGGUAGUGAAUUUUAUGAUGUCAUUCAAGAAUUAACCAAAGUACAAUGUGUGAAAACGAGAAUAUAUUUUCAUGCCUUCCACAGCAAUUUGAAAACACUUCUUGACAGUUAUGUUCCCCAUUUAUUUAACAUUGAAAUGAUUUUCAAGAAAUCUAUCAAAUUAUUGACACAUGCCAUGUAUGGUCUCUAUUUAGCAUUUGUGAAAUAUCAAUAUCCUUAUGUGAUCACGUUAGAAGAUGACAUCAAGCCGUUACCUGAUUUUUACAAUUAUCAUCGAUCUUUGUAUACACUCACUUUGGAUGAUUCCCCUCAAAAUCCAUACUACACCGUCUCUGCCUAUGCACAUGGAAGCUAUCAUCAUUGUCGAUACAUUUCUGGAUCUCUCUUCUCAGAAAAACUAUUCAGUAAACAAGAAGAAGAGGAAUAUGAGAAAAGGGUGUUAAGAAAACAAGGACCAAUCAUUCAAUGUCGAAUGCAAGACACCGAUCAAUUAGUCCUCGAAGAAUAUCAUGCGAUUUGGGGAAGUGGAAUUCCAAGACGAGUAUUUCAACGAUUGUGGCAUGUUUGGAUUGGUGCCACAGUGCUCAAACAGCAUUCACAAUACUUUUUAGGAGUAUUAUUGAGGGAUUUAAGAAAACCACACGAGAGAACCAUUACUCCGUGUUCGAAUCGAAUUACUCGAUUGGCCAACAUGGGUGAGAAUGGAGAAGAUGAUGACAAUACAAGAAGAUACUGGACACUUUCGGCCCAACCUUGCACCAACUAUCAGAACGAACCCAAAGUGAAAUUUUGGAAAUACCACGAAAGGCAUUACCAAGUGUUGAACGUGGAAUAA